GUUCAUGUUGUCUCACAGAAAACUCUCUCGAGUUUCUAUUUUCCUCCGCUAGGUGGCUGCACGAUAGCAGACGAAACAUCUGUCAUGCCCUUUUUUGAUAAUUUCGUCGUUCCCCCCUUUGGGUAGAUCGUAGAGUAGCGUAUGAGAUAUUUCCUGUGUGCUGUGCCGCGAGCCAGUCAGCGAUGAACUCAAGUCGUGCUCAGUCGUCGAAUUAAAAACUCGUGUUGAAUUUCCCCCACGCCGUUUGUUGGCUCAGGGGCCUACACGUUUCUCUCUCUGUGUGUGUGUUGUUUUGCAUUCCCCAAUCGACACACAUUUGCACAACCGAUGGAUAUCUAAAACAACAAGAAUCGAAAUCAUCGUUUUGUGUGUUGGCAGACUGGAGGGGAGAGAUAUUUGUGUGCUCCACCAUUAGCAAGAAGAAGAAGGGGAGAAUUGUUGGUGUGUGUGUGUACGAUUGAGACCAACAGAGGAAAAAGAGUUGGUUACAGAGAGCUAAGAGAAAGCCAAACACGGCCGUGUGUGGACUAUGUCAUGUGCAUCCAGCAGUCCGGUUGGUUUCGUCGCGUCGCAUUUCGCUGCUGUUGCACAAAAUUCAUCUCCUCCUCAUCCAGUUGUUGUUGCUAGUCCGAUGAAAUCGGCAGAUGAUGGAACAACUCCGUCACCUGCUCCUCGCUCAUCUUCUUCCUACAUGCUGAUGUUGAACAGCUUCGCUUCGGAUCUGGAUUCCAUCCUGAGUGAUUUGAGUACCAGCCCAACGUUACGUGGAAGUCAAGAACUGGUUGGCGGAUCGCCGGAUUCGUCAACCACGGCCGAAUUAACAGACCGACCGACAGUCGAGGGCAGCAGCAGCAACAGCAGUCACACGACUUCCUGCCCCGAUUUGCCCGGCAUCUCACCACCCUGCGGCGAGGAUGUGGUCGACUCGUCUGAUAUUCCACUACUCGAAAGGCUCAUCCGAAGUCAUCCCAUCUGGUAUUUGCCCAACAUCCAGCGAGUAGCGGCUGCCCAGCUCCUUCAAAAUCAGGAACAAGGCGUUUUCAUUACACGACAGUCGAGUCAACCGGGCACUUUGGCCUUGUCGGUCAAGUUGACAUCGACGACUGUCCUGGAACCAGGAUCACGUCUAAGUAUUGGUGCCGCCAUUGUAGGUGCCGGCGUCCAGCACUAUUUGAUCGAAGCGGCCGAAAGUCCCCAAAAUGGUGUCCGACUGGAAUCGUCUGAUUUCGUAUUCGACAACUUGCCCGCCCUUUUGGCUCACUACUGCCAAUGUUGUGACGAACUUCCAGUUCGGCUCAAAUUACCGGCCAAAAUUCGUUCGUGUCCCAACCGUCCGAGUCUCACCAACUUGGCCUUAUUAGGGCAAGAAUUCUGGAACACGGGUGAAAACAUCUUGACCAUCUCGUCGAAAAGGGCACCGCCAGUGCCUCCGUUGAGACUGUCCACGUUCGAGCCGUUUGGCAGUAGCGGCCAUUUGGGACCUCCGCUAAGUACCCCGCCGACGCCAGAUGACAGGAAGAGUCAUUCACCCCGGCUGGAAGCUCGCGGGUCGGAGCCAGUGCCCCCGCCACCUCCGCCACGUUGGUGCAAACCUCAGCUGGCCAUCAACAGCCACAAUCCGUCGUCGGAUCAAGAAUGCUCAUCACUAGAACCGGAAUCCCCCGUUUCACCUCUGCUAGCUCCUCCUCCUCUUGUUCAUCCAGCGGAUGAAGAGAAGACUGGUCUGCUGGACCAACAGCCACCGACACCCACAGUCAGGAAGGAAGUGAGGAGGCUGGUGCAGAGGCGGAGGAGACCGCGCCGGAGAAGGUCGACGGCCCCGUUGUCCCCGCAUUGCCAUCACAGCAGUUUGGCGGACAAGGCCAGCGACUAUGAAGACAUUUGGGGCAACUCACCGGGUGCCAGUCACGACGAAGAUGAAGACGUUGAAGUUGACGUUUCGCCCAGGCCGGUCGUCCUGGCCAAUGAGGAGGACACGGCGUUGAGUGACAGGCCGGAAGACGAGGAUGCGGUUGAAAUCCGCGACGACAACAUUUCCAGCACAGCCAGUUCGAAUUCGACCAUGGAAAAGAUGACGUCGGCCAGCUCGGAUAAAAGACUCUCCGUUUCUCGAUCGCUGUCCAGCAGCCCCGAGCCGGAAUCUUCAGUUGACGCCCAGGUGGAGCCCGAGGAGGAAAUCAAACCGCCGUCGCCUUUCCAGCAAAAGGAAGAACAAGUGGAGCCUCAGAGGUUGUCUGUGACCAUCAUCGAGAUCAGAAACAGUCCAGCCAUUGAAAUAGAAGAACAAGUCGUCUCAUCCCAGGACAAUCACAAGAUCCAGACCGUCCAGGUCCAGGAAAACAAAGAAAAUGCCGUGCCGGAAUUGACUGAAGUGGCGCUGGUUCGUCGACGGACCAGUUGCAGUUCGACUGAGAGUCGAGAGGAGACCAACAGCCGUCGAACGUCACCCCUUUACUCGGAGCCGGCCGACGCCGUACCUGCUCAACUGGCCUGGAAGAAGAGUCAACAGGCCGGACGGCCGUUGCCAUUGCCGCCACCUUUCCCUCCGUCGAGCAAUCCGUCUGAUUUCACGACGUUCACUAAAGACGGAUACGUCCGCUGCACUCUGCCCAGCUUGACCCAGUCACAGUCGAACCCCAGGGUCAACGUCCUGCCCCCAACUGGGCAACGUUCAACCGUCAACAACCGAAUCAAGCAGAUAGCCAUGCCUAAACCUCCUCUACCACCACCGCAGUCGUCCAAAACUUUGGGCAUUGAAAACCGUAAAGCUUUCCCAUCGGUCAUUUACCUGCCGGCCCCUGGAGACGAUUCCAUUACCAUACAGGAAGUGUUGACGACCUUGUGCCCGUCUGCGGCCUUGGCAACGCCGUCCCGUUCGCCCGUUCCUCCUCCGUCGCAUCCUCAGUUGACUCGGAAUGUGGCCACAUCUCAUCUGACGAAGCAAAGAGUCUCUGCCUAUGAUAAUUUGUUAUCGGGCUCGGCCGGCGAUCUGGAGGAAGCCGACGAGGAGCCGGACGACGGAGAUAACGACUCGAGCGAUGACGGAACGGUGACGGAAUUCUCGGAGCCGUGGGAUAGCGCCAGAUGGGAUCGUUUGCUGUCGUCGCCUUCCGGCAGCGUCCACGGAGGAUCGAGCAGCACCAGCGGACGGCGGAAGCGUUUCCUCCACCUGGCCCAGCAACACACGCUCAACACGGGCAGCUCGAAUUCGUCGGAUGGCGGCGUUGCCACACUCAGUGACUUUGAAACUCUCAGGCCUUCCUCAGUCGAUCCAGCGGCGCCGGCCAAAUCGCCUACCAAUGCAUCCGCCCGACCUCCCUCCGUCCAUCCUCCGCUGUUGCGCACCCGGAGUUUCAAGGACAAAAUGGAUCCGCUUUUGGCUUCUCCUCGGCUCCUAGCCUUACGUUCCACUUGCAACAGCCAGGCCGGCCGAAACCUCCAGGUAUUGAUCCUCCAGCUGGGCAAAGACUGCACCACGACCUUUGGACGGAGUUUGCAAAAUUUCCUGCAAUGUACCCGGGAAGCCAAGGAGCAGCGGGCGGCCGCCGUCCUACGCAACGUCCGCCAAUUCAUUUCCGGCAUGAAAAACUUUCUGAUCCAGCACGGUGAGCCGGCCUUUGACUCGGCGUUGCUCGACAUCCGCUCCAAACUGAAAUGCAAUGAAUUCCUCAACGUUGACGUUGUGCUGGAACUCGUUUUGCAUCAGCUGGUCACUCUGCCACUUCGGUCGCAUUUGUACAAAUUGCUGGGACAGGAAGCCCUGGCUGCUGGGAGUGUCCAGCAACUGUUGGCUGGGAUCCGGGUGGCUCGCGAAAUUCAUCCGUCAAGUUUGGGUCUGAAAGAGGGGCAAUCACCUCCGUCAACGGACAUCUUGGAACGUGCAACUGCCAGCCUGGAUAGGCUCCAGCGAGCCGCGUCACCUCUAGACAAGUUGGAGCAACUGCUGGACGCCUGCACCGCCAUCUACAACCACGCGGCUGAGACGUGUGGCGACUCUGUAGCGGCCGAAGAUUUCCUGCCGUUAUUGGCGUGGCUGCUGGCCCAUUGCGGUUUCUCGACGGCCGAAAUGGAAGCCGAUUUCAUGUGGGCCCUCUUGCAACCUUCACUGUUGGCUGGUGAAGGUGGUUAUUUCUUAACGGCCCUCAGCUCGGCCGCCCAGCUCUUGAAGAACCUUCAAUCGAGGCCGGCCUCGCCGUCCGACUGCGGCAGCUGGAUGGGAACGCUGACUUCCAUGCCCGGCGGAGGCGGUGACGUCUCGUCUGUCGCUUCCAUGUCAUCGAUCCACCCACAGACGCCGUGCGUCCUCCGCGUUCUGGUGGCCGAUGAGAACCAGAGCAGUUUGCUGGCCCGCACGGUUCCCCUACGGCCGUCCAUGACAGUUCGUGACGUCACCAAGUUAUUGGCCCUCAAACUGCGACUAUCCAACCCUCAGGACUUUACACUGGUGGCUCUUGUCGACGGCCAAGAGAUCCAAUUACCCGAAACGGAAAACCCUCAGACGUGGAUUUUGGGCAAUGCAGCAGCGACAGCGGUGGCGGCUGCCGCAGUCAAUGCCGCCAUCAACGGAGGCUCAGCAAUUGAUCGACCCUGUACGACGUUCGCCUUCCGGCGGCAGGAUGCCAAGAUAGCGUGGCCCAGGCAGAUCAACGGAUGAACGAAUGAAUAAAUGCGACCCUAAAUGGGCACGGGUGGCACACAUAUAUAAUAAAUAUACAUAAUAAUAAUGUGUGUGUGUGUGUGCCCCACCUAUCCGUGUCGAGGGAGCAGAGGGGAGCAGAGAGACACGGGCGUGUGAAUCACCUGGCCACCACUCGCACUCAGCAAAUCUGUUGCGCCUUUUUUUUAUUAUUAUUUCGUGUGUGUGUUGACUAUUACUUAACUACUACUCUACUAGUGUGUCUGUGUGUGGGGGGAUCUGUCAUGCUUCGCCCAUUUUCUAUUUUACCUUGUUUUAUUAUUUUGAUUAUUCUCUUCUUUUUUGGUUUUCUGGGAAAACGAUGACGAAAAACCCGAUCCGCGGUUUUUCACGAUUUCAUGAUGCUGACGAAUUUUCUAUACGUUUCUUUUUGGUUGUUGUUAAAUGAAUCGGCUUGUCAGAUGAUUCACGCUCGAAAGGAGGAAGAAGAGGAGAAACAAGAUGUCGGGUGCUCAUUUCGCCAUGUCUAAUGUAUAAACGAAGAAAAAUAAGACAAACUCUGUACUGUGUGACGUCGAAAACAUGGCUUCCUAUACGACACACACACACACCUAUUUACAUAUUAUUAUGAUAUCUUGAUUAGUAUACCAACGUGCAAAAAUAUAUUCGAGAGACAAUGUG